AUGUCAUCCCAAAAUAAAUUAGUAACCCAAGAAAUAGAAGGGAUUAUUUGGAAUUAUAGUCUGAAUCCACCAGAAUAACUUAAAUGUAAAUUUCAAAUUAGAUGGACUCAGGAUUAGAAGGUUUAGUACAUAUUGGAUGGAUGCAUUUUGCGAAUUGAUUCAAUUUACAACACAUCAAAGAAAGCUGAAGUUCUAACAAAUUUAGAAUAAAUUAAACAUUUAAGAUGGAUUGGAUAAUAUGGGUAAAAUAACUUAAAGGUUGGUAAAUGGUUGGCUACUUGGAAAGGAGAAACUUUAAAGGAUGUUGGAGGAGAGUACUUGAAUGAUGAAAAAAAAUAAGGAAUAUGGAAAGAUAUUGUUUAGAAUUAUUAGACCAAUUCAUAAGCAUAUAUAGUUGGGAGAUAUGAAAAUGGCUUGAAAUUAGGAAAAUGGUAGUAUAUUUAUAAUGAUAAAGAGAUUGGUGGUGGAAAUUAUAAUUAAUAAGGUGUCUAGGUUGGUUUAUGGUAAGAGUUAAGUGAUGGAUUUUGGGAUUAAAAGUAGGUCACUCAUAAUGGUGAAUAUCGAAUUGGGAAGAAAGUUGGUAGAUGGAACAUUAAGUAUGAACGAUAAAUUAUUGGUGGUGGAUCAUAUAAUGUAGAAAGCAAUCAAAAGUGUGGAAAGUGGAUUGAGUUGAGCGAGAAUUUCAGUGAAGAUUCAAAAGUCAUUUAUGAAGGGUAGUAUUAAAAAGACAAAAAAAUUGGUUUGUGGGAUAUUUUGUAUAAAUCAGAAAAAGAUUAACCCUUUAAAUAGAUUGGUGGCGGAGUAUAUUUAGAAGGGUUAAAGACUGGGAAAUGGAUUGAAUUGCGGGAUAACUUUGAGAACUAUUCAUAAGUCACUUAAGCAGGCUAGUACAAAAAGAAUAACAAAGUUGGUAGAUGGGAUACUUGGUUUAUAGAAAAAGAUGCUCAAACAAUUAAAUUAAUUGGUGGUGGAUUCUAUACUAAUGGAGGCGAUGGCAUCAAGAUUGGAAAGUGGAUUGAGUUGAGUGAUGGAUUUUGGGAUAGAUCAUAAGUUUUUUAUACUGGAGAAUACCAAAAUGGGAAAAAAGUUGGUAGAUGGGAAAUUUCAUAUUGGAAAGAUUAUGAAGAUAAUAAUCAAAAUUAAUAACUUGGUGGUGGAUCAUAUAGCAAAGUGGGUGAUGGCUUAAAGGUUGGUAAUUGGGUUGAGCCGAGCGAAGGAUUUUAUGAGAAUUCCUAAGUUACUUAUAAUGGUGAAUAUAAAGAUGGUAAAAAAAUUGGUAGAUGGGACAUCAGGUAUAGGAAGGAUAAUAAAUUUGAAAAGAUUGCUGGUGGAUUAUAUAGUGAAACAGGUGAUGGCAUAAAGAUAGGGAAGUGGGUUGAGUUGAGUGAUGGAUUUUAUGAUCAUUCUUAAAUUACCUAUGAUGGUGAAUACAUUAAAGGAAAGAAACAUGGUCGAUGGGAUAUUAAGUAGAGGAUAUAUAAAGACAAUAUCUAAAUUGGUGGAGGAUCAUAUGAAGAAGGAAUUAAGAUUGGAAAUUGGAUUGAGUUGAGUGAUAAGUUUGAUAAUUGGAACUAAUUAAUCUAUAUUGGAGAGUAUAAAAAAGAGAAAAAGGUUGGUGUCUGGGUGUAAAAGGAUAGAAAUAAGAAUGAGAAUCACAAAGAAAUGAGAUAUGAUGAUUGA